AAGUUGCUCCCUUCCCUCUUGACCUCUCUCGAGGACAUCUUUACCCACUGGGAGAAAACUCCCUCGAAUUCCAGGAGAAGGAAGUUGAGUGAUGAGGAGACAGCCAUUCCUGAAAAGAUCAGAGUUCCUGAUCCUGUGAGCAGCUCUGAGAGCUCAGAGAAAGAAGAGGAUGAGAAGGAGAAGGCGAAAGCUGCAAAUGCAGCCAGCCUUUCCCUGGCCACAAACUCAGGAGUGAAUGUAGAAAGCAGUGAAGAUGAUGACUCUUCAUCAGAAGAGGAGACAGCAGCUGGAAAAAGUACAGUUACGGUGACACCGGCUGGGGCAGGUGGCAAAGCUGCCAACUCCCUGCACUCUCCGAAAAAGCCCGCUGCCCCAGCAGGCAAAGCAGCGGGGCUCUCAGCUGCCAACAGAACUGCAGGCUCCAACAAGCAGCCGCCCACUACGACGGCUGUGCCUGCAGCUCCAGCCAAGGCCGGACAGAAACCGCCUGGGCCUGGGAAACCCGGACAUGGCGCCACAGCUGCGGCCAAAGUAGGUCAGAGCAAAGCACCGGUAACGACCAAAACACCAGUAACGACCAAAGCACCGGUAACGAUCAAAGCACCAGAAAGCUCCAGCAGCAGCAGCAGCUCCUCAUCAGAGAGCGAGGAGGAAGAGGAGACGCCGAGUGCGAAGGCCCCAGCCCCCAAAGCGGAGCCGAAGCAGGCAGCUGGGGCUGCUGAGAGCAGCAGUGAGGAGUCAAGUGAUGAGACGUCCUCUGAGGAGGAGCUUGCAGCUCCAGCGGGCCAGGCAAAACCAGUUGUGAAAACAGUGCAGGUUAAUGCAGCACCAGUGAAAAGUGCCCCUGCUACUCCAGUGCCCUCCAGGAACGCAGCAAGGCCAACGGCGGUGGCACCAAACCAGGCCAAACCCGCGUCCACAACGGUUCCUGGGGCUGCAAAGCCCGAUGACUCGUCAGAGAGCAGCGACUCGUCAGACAGCGAAGAUGAGGCACCUCCAUCGGUACCCCCGACAAAGCCACCUCCAAAAUCUUCCCAGGCCACCCCAUCCCCGGUGAAACCUACACCUGCAGCAUCACUCUCUGGCAAAGCAGCUCUGGCAAAACCACUUCCGCUGUCCCAAGGGAAGUCAACCCCAAAACCAGCAGUGCCAAAGCAGGUCAAAAGCACCCCGGGAAGGACUGCUACUCCCACAAAGCCUGCUGAAACUCCAAAGCCAGUGGAGAGCUCUGACUCGUCAGGCAGUGAAGAGGAGGAUCUCCCUGUGCCUGUCAGCCAGAAGAGGUUAACAGAACAGCCUGGGCCUGUUCCCAACCUGAGCCAGGCUGCUAAAGCUGCGUUGCCUGAAAAAGCAGUGGGAAGCACCUUGAAAAGCCAGGCUUCAGAAAGCGGGAGCAGUGACUCGUCUGACAGUGAAGAGGAGCCUGCUGUGACACAGACACAGCCUGCUUUUCCUUCAGUGAAAACCAACGCUGUGCCCCAGCCAACAAAUGCCAAGAAGGCCCCGGCUCUGACACCAGUGCCGGCCCCACCAUCUAUGGAUAGCAGUGAUGAUUCCAGCGAGGAGUCGGAUUCGGAGGAAGAAAUAGUCCCCCCUUCGCAGGCCCCCACUCCUCCUUGCCUAAAGCAAACGGUUCCUGAGGGGAAAGCUCCUCCAGCCAGCGCAGUCACCCCACCAGCUGCUUCGCUCCUGGCAAAUCCCGAGGCCAAGCCGAAGAAGCCAGACCCGCAGCCAGCACAGGACAGCCGGCUGGGCCAGGCCGUGCCGCCCGCCCAGGUGGAGGAGACCUCGGACAGCAGCAGUUCCUCAGACAGCGAGGAGGAGACACCCAAGCAGCCCCCCAAACCCGGCCCACUGCAGAAACCAGGAGGAACCCAGCCAGCCCCCAGCUCCUCCUCAGAGUCCAGUGAGGAGGAAGAGGAGGUGGCAGCAUCAUCAUCACAGGUAUGGUACCUGAGCCGGCUGCGAUCCUCUCGGGUCUUGCAACUGGCUCCCCCGAGACCACCAAAUAAGUUCCCCCCCCAGCCGGGAGGCAAAGUGGGGCGAGGGAAAGCAGCCGUGACCGCAGCGAACUCCCUCACCAAGACCCCUGGGAAAGCAGCCCCGGCUGAGAGCUCCAGCAGCGACUCCGACACGGACAUCGACCAGGGGGCUGCAAACCACAAAGCAGAAAACAACCCCCCUCCGGGGCAGGAAUCCACAGGAGCCUCCAACAAAGAGAAGGUGGCAGGAAAAGCGGAGCCAGGCCUAGCUAACCUCAAAUCUUCCCCAGCCAAGAAAGCCCUGGCCGUGAAGGAGAAUGAUGUGGGAGCAAAAGCGGCUCAGGUGACCCCGACAUCACAUGCACUCCUCUCCAUCCCCCAGUCGGAAGAGUCGAGCUCGGGGAGCGAAUCCGAGGUCACCACUGCUGCCAAAGUUCCUGCAGUGCAAACACUGGAAGGGUCGGAAGAGAAGAAGAACAAGAAAAAGGAGAAAAAGAAGGAAAAGAAGAAAUGCCCCUCGGCGGCAGAGAAGGCUGCGAAAGCAUCCAAGUGCAAAGACAAAGAGAAUAAGAAGCAGAAAUUGUCUCAGAAGCGGAAACGGCCAGGAGAGGAUGGGGCAGUUGGGCAGCCCAAGGAGAAGAAGCGGAAAGGGCAGGCUGCCGAAGAAGCACCCAAAAAGAAAAAGAGGAGAGCAUCUGGGGACCCGGAGAAGUUGCCAGGCAGCAAGGAAAAGAAAAAAUCCGCUAAAA